GACGAUAUCGAUAAUGCGUAUAUUGCAGACCUAGGUCUCACUUCGUAUUCGAAAACAAGUGAAGUCAUGGGAAUAAUCAUGACAGAAAUAGCUAACGGGAAAUGUUCACCUUUUAAAUGUAAACCUGGAUUCGAUUUUGGAAUUCCAGAUUGUUAUGUUAUGUUGGCUGAAC